AUGGCUCCACCUGAAACGGAUAAUUCGACCAUUGAUUCCCUUUCUGAAAAAUUAGGAUAUAACGAGGAUCCUAUGGCUGUUAUUGGAGAAAAACAACAUGAUCGAGAAGAUAUCCGAAAGAUAGUUUUACAAAAACCAAGUUCGCCUAAAGCUAUCGUUUUACAUGCAAUCAUGGGAAGUCUAGGAUCCUAUUUAAUUGCGUACGGAAUUCGUGGUGGAGUCAAUUUUUUGUUGAAUUUAUUAGCAGUAUAUCGUAAAAGGAAAGGAACUAUCGUACGAGCAUUCACUCGUGGAUUCUUUGGCAUUGAUGCACUUCGAUUUGGAGCUGCAUUUGGUAGUUUUUCUUUCUUGUGGAAACUUAUCAAUAAUGGCUUGCGAUAUAUUAGAAAAAAAGACGAUAAAUGGAAUAGUUUUAUAGCCGGAUCCAUUGCUGGAAUAUCGUUAAUAGUAGAAAAGCAAGAGAGAAGAAUAAUGAUCACGCAACAAAUGUUUGUACGUGCAGUCCAAGCUCUUUAUAAAAGUGGUCGUACGCGAGAGUAUUUUGAUAUUCCUCAUAUAGGUCUUAUUCUCUUUAUAUUGUCUUGCGGCCAAGUCCUUUAUGCAUACACGAUGCAACCUACAACCAUUCCUCCAGACUUUCUAAAAUUUAUGAUUAAAACCGCACGUGUUCCAAAAGAUACGUUGAACUUGAAUCUAAAACAUCUUCGUGAGGGGGGCAUAAAUUUGGAUGAUGCAUUAAACGUUGUCGUAAAAGGCAAGGGAACACAAAAAGCGUUUGAUGCUGUAUCGAAAUUGUCAUCUAAUCCAAUAGCAAUUCCUUGCGAAUUGGUACAUCCUCGAUUUGAUUCAUGCACACAUACAAAUAUAGACAGAUUUUACCAAGUCUUUAAAACAAUUUUUCCGGUUUAUGCCACACUUAACAUCGUACCAAUGUUUGUUUUUAAAAUAAAUCAAUUCUUAAAAGAUCCAUACACUUUAAUUCAAAAGUGCACAAAGAAUACUAUUCGAUCAAGUAUUUUUCUUUCAACAUUUGUGACAUCUUAUCAAUCUCAAAUCUGCAUUCACCGCAGCCUCAUCAAAUAUAUUGGUUUAAAUUUUCAUUCAAAAUAUUUAUAUUGGUUGUCUGGAGUGAUUGCUGGAUUUGCGAUCCUAAUUGAGCAUAGAAAUAGAAGGAAUGAUUUGACAUUAUAUGUCGUACCCAAAGCAAUGGAAAGCUUGUAUAAAAUUAUGUGCCAAAAAAAUUGUAUUUUUGAAUUACAUAGAACUGCAGAUAUUUGGUUUUUCUCAGCAGCCAUGGGAGUCAUAAUGACAUGCUUCCAACAUGAACCAAAAGUUCUAAGUCCAAUGACAAAAACUCUUUUGCGUGGAUUCUUUGGAACUAAUUAA